CAGAAUAGAAUAAUGGGUUAUAUGGUGGAUAUUGAAGCAAGCGACCCCCAGACCUUACCAUGCUUCGCUUAUGGAUGAGAGAGACAGCCCCCCAGAGGUUGAGCUUUAGAGAGAGAGAGAGAGAGAGAGAUGAAGGUUGUCAACUGUUGAAGUGAAGGAAAGCAAGGAUCUUUGCCAGGAGAGGAGGUUCAGGAGAUUGUAUUGUUUAGGUCCACCAACUGGUUGUUACAAGAUUGAAGCUCCUUAACCAAACAAGAAACCAUUCAUCAAAUCAUCAUCAGCAACCAGAAGAAGGAGGAGGAGGAGGAGAGCGGAGGAGCAGCUUAUGGUUCCAUUCUUGUGGCAGAGGAGGUGGGCAGAGUGUGUCUGAAAAUCAGCUUUUCAGAGAUACACAGAUUGAGAUAGAGAGAGAGACACAGAGGGCGAGAGGUGAUUACUGAUUACUGAUUUGUUUAUGGGGGCUCUUGUUGGGGAUCUGUGAAAUGAUGGUGUCCGUGUAUUGAUUGAUUGAGCUCUUGGGGAUUGGACAGUGGGACAGAGAUUUUGUCUACUGGUGGGUUGUUCCUCAAUACCCACAAACUGCUACGAUAUUCAGCGCCGCUGUUCAUGCAUGAAUUUCAAUCUCCUUCGGGAGUUAUCAUGUAGUAUAAUCCCGUAAAGCAGGCGCGAAGUACGAUGGGAACUUACUAUAUGAACUUGAACAAUCAGAGAGAAUACACAAGGGAAGAACAUUUGUCCAGUUCGCACGUGGUCACACCAGUCUUUCCUGGUACAAUGAUGUACAAUAGUUCUGGGUCAUUCUCGGGCACUUUGACGGGGAAUUCUGAGCAGCAAAGCAGUUGCAUUCAGAUGCAACGAAAUGUGAAUUUAGAUUCCACACCGCGUCAACAGCAAGAGAUCUUAUCAAGUCUUGGGAGAAACGAGAUGCUGUUUGCGCACCCAGUUGGUGGGCACACGGGCCUACUUCAGUCUGUGCAUAACUUGCAGGGUCAGGGCCUUUCCCUUAGCCUUGGUACUCAGAUACCUUCAGGUUACGCGUUCCUGAGUCCUAAUCCAUCACUGGCAGACAAUAAUAUUGGCAGAAACGGCUCCUUGGGAGAUGAGCCGAUGAGGAAUCUCGAAUUUAUACCUCAAAGUUUCAUGGGCAGUAAUCAAGAUUUGGGUAGAAUGGAUUUGUCAGGCACGGGGAGAGCGAUUCCAAACUCGAGAUACUUGAAGGCAGUGCAGCAGCUACUCGAUGAGGUUGUUAAUGUGAGGAAAGCCUUGAAGCAAUCCGAUGAUGGGAAGAGCGGAGGAGCACGGGAGAAUCAGGUGAAGAGAUCAAAAGAGGGCGAUGAGGGUUCCACAAAAGAUGAUGAUGCACCUUCAGGUGCUGGAGGGGAGUCUGAUGGUAAGCCCCAGAAGGAGCUCUCUCAUGCUGAAAAACAAGAGUUGCAGCACAAAUUGACGAAGCUUCUUUCGAUGUUGGAUGAGGUAGAUCGCAGGUACAAGCAAUACUACCACCAGAUGCAGAUCAUUGUGUCGUCAUUUGAUGUGAUUGCUGGCAGUGGGGCUGCUAAACCAUACACGGCCCUAGCCCUUCAGACAAUAUCUCGCCACUUCCGCUGCCUCCGAGAUGCAAUCGCGGGCCAAAUUCAGGCAACCCGGGAGAGCCUUGGGGAACAAGACAGCUCUGGGAAUGGUAAAGGAGUUGGAAUAUCUCGGCUCCGGUAUGUUGAUCAGCAGCUCAGGCAGCAGAGGGCCCUUCAGCAGCUUGGGAUGAUGCAGCAGCAUGUUUGGAGGCCUCAACGAGGGCUGCCAGAGAACUCGGUUUCCAUUCUCCGGGCGUGGCUCUUCGAGCAUUUCCUUCACCCUUAUCCAAAGGAUUCGGACAAAAUCAUGCUGGCAAGACAGACUGGUCUGACAAGAAGUCAGGUCUCGAACUGGUUUAUUAAUGCACGAGUACGUCUUUGGAAACCCAUGGUGGAAGAAAUGUACAAGGAAGAGACCGGCGACAUGGACUUGGACUCGAACUCCUCUUCGGAAAAUGUGUCCAAUCCCAGCAAAGCUGAUCACAACAAAUCCUCAGCUCAAACAGAAGAUUUACAGCAACAGAGUAUAGCUGCCACCAGUAGAGGACAAAUCGCUACCGAAUCCAAACCUGACCAUGCCCCCGACAUGGAAAUGAUAGGGUCCACUGGAGGAAUCGAGACCAUACACAGCGGCCUAUUUUCUGGAACCAAUCGGUUUAUGACAGCUGCAGCCUAUCACAUGCCGGAGCUCGGGAGGUUCGGGACCGGAAGCGGAGUGUCACUUACAUUGGGGCUACAGCAUUGUGAUGGGACUUCCAUGCCCUUAUCAGGUACUGGGACCGCCCAAGGAUUUCUGGGGAUGAGAGGGGAUGGUAUUUCCUACACUGCAGAAGCAGCAUCUUCUGCUGUAGCCGAGAAUGCAGAAUUCGAAACUGUGAAUAUGGGAACGCAGCAGCACCGGUUCGGUCCUAACGGUCAUCUAUUACACGAUUUUGUGGCAUGAAACAGGCCGCUCUUUCAGAUGCUGAAGGUGAAAAUAGACACAGUUUUCCUUCUCGGGAAGCCUAUGAUAUAAAAGGCGCAUGUAGCAUAGCAAGAUGUUUGUUGGCAGUUAGAUUAGUAACCUGUAAAAUUUGGUGUAUGAUAUCAUUCUUUCAGGAUGAAAGAUGAAGAAGUCGAUACCAAUUCUGAAACAGAGAAAAGGAGAUCAUAAUGAAUAGAAUUCGGGUAUUCUGUAUA